CAAUAUAAAGUCCUAUUUAUAACAAAAUUUUAAAACUCAACACACAUUUUAAAUUUAAACUUCUUUAAAUUUAGAUCUAGGAACUUCUGUUUUAGAUUCAGACAGAUCAAAGACUCUACGAUGUUUUCUCAAGGGAGUGGAAAUGAGGCACCACAGGGUCACGAUUCUUAUAUGUCAUUGUCUCCAGGCAGUCCAGGUUCAACCUACAACUCUCCUCCGGGACACCCUUCACCCUUUCUUCCAGGCUACCUUUUAGGAGACCACCAAGCUCAUUAUCAUUCUUUGACCAGUCCCAAAAUUUGGUCAUCUGGAGGUGGCCAGGCUUCUGGUCAAAAACAUGGACAGGUCAGUCAGUCUGGUACCAAUACAACAUCACCAUUUCCCAGAAGAGAGGGUCUCAAAGGGAAAGCUGGAGGUCCUCCUGUAAAAUCUUUAUAUUCUGCUCUUCCUCAGCAAGAAGUGAACAUGAGUCUUCCUACAACACCAUUACACCAUCGCUCUCAUUCAUCUCCUGCCCUUAGACAGAUGUCCACUCCUGCCCCGCCAACAGCAGGCCUAUUUCAGAGUCCUGGUUUGUCUAAAGAUACCAGUUUACAGUUUAUGAAUCAAAGCCAGACCAUUCCUGUUUCACCAGCUCAAGUGGAUCCUUUCUACACCCAAGAAGACUUAAAGUCUGACGAUGUCCUGGAUGAAACAUGGGUGACUGUGUUUGGUUUUCCUUCUGGUGCCACCUCUUUUAUUCUUCAACAAUUUUCUCAAUACGGAACAAUCUUAAAACAUGUGAUUCCGUCGGAAUGUAAUUGGAUGCACAUUCAUUACAUGUCCAAGAUCCAGGCCAAGAAAGCUCUCAGUAAAGAUGGCAAAAUUUAUGGGGGCUGUAUGAAGAUUGGUGUCACUCCUUGUAUUGAGAAGAAUGUAAUGGAGAGAAAAGAGAAUCUGGGCAUGUUCUCCUCCUCGAUGGCCAAUGACUCCUUACGCUCCCCGACAGAUGCCACAACCCUAACACCUAUACGACCCUUAACUGCUGCUUAUGUUGCCUCCAGGGGAGAGUAUGAGAUUUUGAAAGAAAAUUUAACACCUAAAAAAGAUGCCAGCCUGGUCACUAAAUUAAAAGAGUACAUGUUUGGCUAUUGACACUACUUACAACUAGGUUCUCUUAUUUCCUCACAUUUUGAAAGGGUUUUCGCUGCUUUUUCAUAAUACCAUCUGGCAACCAAGAUUGUAAAUCAACAGUAAGCUUGUACAGUUUUCUGCACCUUUUUUUUGUGUAUAAAUAGAAACAAAAUUAAAAUUAUUUUGUUGAAAUUGA